AUGGAAAAGGUUAGAAAACUAUCCACUUCUCAGUCAGCAAGAAAUCAGUUCUCAGUUUCUCAAACUGGUGGGCCUUCAGCCGUCAAUCGUAAAGCCAGGAAAAUCCUAGGGUCGAACUUCUUACUUGACAGCCGCUAUGAAAUUCGUGACACUGUUGGCAGUGGCGCUUAUGGCGUUGUAGUUUCAGCCCGAGACACAAUAUCAGGUGAACUUGUCGCAAUAAAAAAGAUUGAAAAAUCUUUUGAACACUCUACCUUCACAAAGCGAACACUGCGAGAACUAAUAAUUCUCCGCUUGCUAGAACACGAAAACGUGUGUCGAAUCAAAACAAUCCAAUUGCCUUUGUCAAGGGAUGAGUUUGAUGAAAUAUAUGUAGUGAGCGAACUAAUGGAGACUGAUUUGAGCUCUAUAAUCAAGUCUCCACAGGUUUUAUCUGAUGAGCAUUGCCAAUUUUUUUUAUAAGAAAAUAUGGGAUUUGGGAUUUUUUUUAAAAAUAUUUUUUUAAUUUUUGUGAUAAUAUAAGGAAAUAGGGGAAAAAAUGAGUGAUAAAUGAUAUUGGAUAGGUUAUAUCAAAUCUUAAGAGGAGUAAAGUAUAUUCACUCAGCACACAUAUUGCACAGAGACUUAAAGCCUAGGAAUUUAUUAGUAAAUUCGAACUGUGACUUGAAAAUUUGCGAUUUUGGAUUAGCUCGGCCGUUUAUAGAUGAUAUGAAAAUAAGAGGUUCGCAAAUGACAGAUUAUGUAGCUACUAGGUGGUACCGAGCUCCUGAGGUGCUGUUAGGAUACAAAAAAUACACAACUGCUAUUGACAUCUGGUCAAUUGGAUGCAUUUUUGCAGAAUUACUACUAACUCCUAUACUUGAUCGAAUGAUUUUAAUGAGCUAUUCUCUCACCCGCCAUCAAACCUAAAGAUCUAUCUUUGACAGUAACGAAUAUAAGAUAUUAUAUCAUAUAAUCACUCUUUCAAAUUCUAAUGUAAUUUAUAUUAUGCGUUGCAUAAAUUUCUUAUGGACGUUAUACGCGCCAUUUUCAUUUGAAAUUUCAAAUUAUGAAUUUGCCGCACUAAAAUCUGCGUUUUGAAACGCAUAUUUGGUUUUCACAUACCAAAUUCAAAUUGACAUGCAUAUGCAUGAUAAGAAAUUAUUGCAAUACAUAAUAGCAUAUUUGCUAAUAUUUUGCAAUUCUUUGAUUUUGCAUAAUUUAAAAAAUAAUUAUUAUAUAAAAAAUUUUAUUAAUAAAAUAGUUUUAAAAAUUUUUCAAUGAUCACGAUCUGUACAAUCAUGGAUGGUGGAGUAAGAAAGCCACUUUUGCCAGGAAAUGACUCAAAUCAUCAGUUAGAGCUGAUAUUUGAUAUAAUAGGCAGCCCUACAGACGAGGACAUCUCCUGCAUUCCUCAUGUCAGAGGAAGAGACAAAGUAUCAAGAAUGCCAAAAAGGCCAAAAAAACCCUUUGAAACUGUUUUCCAAGGCUGCAAUCCAGAUGCUAUCAAUUUAAUGAAAAAAUUCCUCGCAUUUAACCCAGCCAAAAGAAUUACAAUAAAUGAAGCAUUAGAGCACCCUUAUUUAGAAACUUUACAUUAUCCUGAGGAUGAGCCUGUGAGGAGUCCUGUUUCUGGCUUUGAUUUUGAGUUUGAAAGAAGAGUUUUGAAUAUCAGAGAACUAAAAGACUUAAUUUAUGAUGAAAUUCUGCUUUAUCAUUUUCCUCAGAAAAGACAAGAAUAUGAGAGUGCAAAAUUGGAAUAUUCCUUAAAACUUACCCUUUUUAAAUAUAUUUCAUCUGGAUGUUUAUGAAAUUAUUUAUUAAAGUAAAAUGAAAUAAUUUAAAUUAUAAAAGAAAAUAUGAAGAUCAAUAUGAAAAUUUUGUAGCGGAGAAAAUGGUGAAAACUUAGAAGAUAGGUGCUAUUAUCGUUUUUAUAAUUUUAAUAAUAAUAUUUCGUUAAAAUAUUUAUUAAAAAAUUAAAAAAUAGGCAGUCUAAUAUAGGGAGUUAGAGUACCUAAUCAUAGGGCUUCUUCCAGUGGUCCAAACGAUGACAGCGAAGGCGAUGAAGAAGAUUUUUAG